CUGAUAAGAUGUGCGAAAACCUUGUUUUCUUCCCCUUUUUUCCCUAAUGGCGCAAUCAUCUCAACAAAAAAUUUUCAGGGUCGUCACGGUAUGGUGCUGUUGGCACACAAAAACCCUCAACAACAGUUGGUCAUUUAUGGCAGAAAAACGACGCCAUCGAACAACAAAAAUGAGGGAAAAUGUGAAAAUGAGAGAAAGUAGGGGGAUGAUCAAUGGGAGGAAGGGGGGUUUGGCGCCAUGGGGGAAGGAAAAAGCUUCGGCAGAAGGGGAGGGAAGAAUGGCAUUUUUUGGAGGAAAUGAAUAUAUUUGUUUUAGAAAAAUGAGAUAAUGGAGGAGUUGAUGAAGAGGGAGGAGGGGAAGGAGGAAUCUCUUCCCAAAAAAGCCUUACAGUC